AGGGAUUUAAGAGCUCCUUGCUCAUCGUGAAGCCGCAGAGGCGUUUCCGGGUGUUAUAAAAAUCAUCAGGGGUCACGUUUUACUUCGGCAUGCACGAGUCUCACCCAGAACAUCUGAAAUCAAGUUUUAAGAUUUACUCUUUUUGCUCUAAUUACCUCCAUGUGAGGACGCUCGAUGUAGGCUGCAGACGGGAACCGGUCCUAAUUGAUUGAAGGAACCAAAUUUAAUCACGCGCUGGGUGGUGGAUUAUCCUGCCGAACUGACCUGGAGGACCUUGGUUUUAAUUCUUUAGUUAUUCUCGACCAGCAUGUGUACACUUGGGUACGGUAGGGUAAAUUUCUGCAGGUUUUCAAGAGAGUUUGGUGGUAAACAGGAUGAAUCGCAGCUGAGCUGAGUGUAUUUUGGGGGACAUGUGACAAGUCAGUUUAGGAAAUAAUGGACCGGUUGCUGAGAGGUUCUCUGUCACACGUCUGACUUGUACGAUCAGAACAGGAGGUGAUAAAAGGUUUCCUCUCUGGCUUGUUUCAGGAAUGUCUUUGUUAUGGAGCCUGAGGCCGGCGCUGACGUCGCUUCUUCAAGCAUCCCAGCAUGCCUCUGCCUGGACGGCUCCCAUCCUCUCCAGGACGAUGGCCACCCUCAACCAGAUGCACCGCCAGGGGAAGCCCAAGCCGCCUCCUAAAUCUGUCGGCGCCACGUUCGGCCGCCCCCAGCUGAAGGCGGUGAUCCUGAAGACCAUGAUCCGAAAGCCCAAGAAGCCCAACUCCGCCAACAGGAAGUGCGCUCGAGUGCGGCUGUCCAACGGGAAGGAGGCGGUGGUGUUCAUCCCCGGGGAGGGACACAACCUGCAGGAGCACAACGUGGUGCUGGUGGAGGGCGGGAGGACGCAGGACCUGCCCGGAGUCAAACUCAAAGUGGUCAGAGGCAAAUAUGACUGUGCCCACGUGGUGAAGAAGAAACAGUAGACUGAGAGGAGGACGCUGGUGUGGGAUGGAAGCGUGUGUCUGUCAGUUGUUUAAUAAAUACAUGUUCUCUUAA